AUGGUUUUCUCGGAAGGUGCCAGCCAUUUGCUUGAGUUUACUUCAGUCACUUGCAAGAAUGCUGCAAAGAUGUUCCCUCCACCGAAAGAUUCUCCUUUCAAGAAAAAUCUCCUGGAUGACAAAGUGAAUCUGCUUAAUUACUGCCGGAAGUUCGAGGUUGAGUUUGGCGUUGACUCACAACACAAUGCUGGAGUGAUUCUUGCUGAGCAAAAAGAAGCACCGGUGGAGGUGGCUAGGCAACUCUCCAAAGUUAUUGAUAAAGAAGAUGGAAAGCCAUGUAACGUGCUUAUUAACCAUUGUCCAUUUCGGUUCACCAUUCCUAGCGAACAAACCACCAUUGCAAACAUUCAGCUUUCAUUUGAUGCACUCUCAACAUCAGCAUUCCUUAUGACAAAGUCUAUGUAUGCCAGAAACGCAAACAGUACUCCAUCUACAGUCCUGAAUGUGACCACUAAUUUUUCACAAUGCUCGAUUCCGUUCUCGACAGUUUCUUCUAUGGCUCUUGCUGAUGUUGAGGCAAUGACUUGUUCAUUAAACAACGGAUUUGCAAAGGGUGGACUUCGUGUCAAUGCCAUUGCACCAAAUUCCGCACUAGCUAAUGCGAGUUGU